CGAGAGUUUAAAAAUGGUCAAAAAAUAUUUUACGAUGUGAAUCUAAUCUUGUGGUUUCCAGAGGUAUUUUUAGACUUUCAUCUCUAAUCCAUCAUGUAUUCCAUCCGCAGAUGGCUAUAUAAACCAAAGAAAACAGACUCCUCAUUAUUGGCCCAGUUUUUCUAUGCAGAUGAGGAACUGAAUCUUAUAGCGGCAGAACUAGAUAGCUUUGAUGGAAGGAAGGACCCAGAAAGAUGCACCUUGCUUGUGAAUUCCUUGCGGUGUUGUCAAGAUCGGGUUCUAAAUCUUAUGAUGAAAUUUAUGGAUGAGGUUAUUCCUGAUAAAAGAGCCAAUCGUGAUUUCCGCGUUAAAUUCCCCGAUGAUGUCUUACAGGAAAGUCUUGCUGGUCAGCUCUGGUUUGGUGCUGAGUGCCUGGCAGCAGGGUCUAACAUUGUUAACCGUGAGGUUGAAAGUGCCAGUAUGAGGCCCCUUGCUAAAGCAUUGACACGUCACCUUGACAACCUCCGAAGUCUCAUGAGGGAACAGUGUCUUAAGAAUAUCAAUGUCUAUGAUGAAAAUAUCAAACAUGGUCUUGAGGUAUUUGAUCGACUGUUCGCAGAGUUUGAACUCAGUUACGUUAGUGCCAUGGUCCCUGUGAAAAGUAUGAAGGAAUAUGACAUUCUGCAAGAUGUGAUCAUUCUAUUCUCAGAGUCAAUAAUGAGGGCAUUGAAACUAGAGCUGCUGACCCAGGAUAUGUUGGAUGAUUAUGAUCCUGCAUUGAUGUUUACUAUACCAAGAUUGGCUAUUGUUUGUGGUUUGUUGGUUUUUCCUGAGGGUCCAUUGAACCCUGAUCUAGUGCCACAACAUAUGUCUGAGAUGUUCCGACCAUUCCAAACCCUGCUUUUCAAGAUCAGGGAGCUCCUGUGGACAUUAAAUAGAGAUGAGAUGUGGACGUUAGAGAAGUCACUCUGUAGUGCUGAGGAACCAGGCCUCUACAGGGAAAUAGAACCAGUGCGCUUUCCAAGGAAUAGCCAGUCAGAUUACAUGUAUAUUCCACCUCCAAAAGAUCGCAAGGAUAAACCAACCAAUGAGAUAUCAGUUACUAUGGCAACUCAAACUGAUGAAUCAGGAUCAAUUGAAAACAUCAGUGAUGAAUUAGGAAUGACUGAAAAUAUGAAUGACAGUGAAGACAUUUCUGUUCAAAUAACACGAUUCAAACGCGAUUCAAGCUCAGAAACUAUAACUGCAGAUGCUCGUGAAUUCUCCACUUCGAAUAGGGCAAGUUUUAGCCUUCAAGGAGAUCUGGCAACUCCUAUCAACAGUCCAGAUCAGGAGCGACGUAAAACCAUCGUUAUGGAAGACCAGAUUCCAACUAAUGACAAAAGCGGGUUUAUGGAAAGUGAUGAUGACAUUGAUUCAGAAAAACCUGUGCCUAUAUCUGGUGAGUUGAGAGAAGCCUGUCAAGAUGUUGUCUUGUCCUUAUUUGAGAUGGCUUACAUUGAAGCAAGUUUUGAACAGGAGAGAGAAAAUGAAAGGCAACUUUUAAAUGCAGUUCAUGCUUACAAAAACUCCUCAUCAGAGGCAUGUGUAGAGGAUGAUAAAGGUGCAACUGAAGAUGACAUAAUUGUUGUUGAACAUGACAUAAGUGAAAUUGAAAAUGACAAAAUUGCACUUGAAUGUGAAAAUGACAUAAUCAGUCCUGAGAAUGACAGUAUUGCAGCUGUUAACGACAAUGACAUUAUUGAUAAUGCUGACAUUGAAGCAGUUCAGAUAGCUGCUGAACAUGAGGACAAUGUGCUAAGAAGUUGUGAUAAGACAAUUGAUGCUGAUAGUAAUGUAUCUAAAGAUGAUGACAUCGAGGGACCAGUUGAGAAAAACAUGAAUAAACAAUUUGAUGAGGAGAGUAUUGAGAUUCUGAAGGAUCCUAUAACAGCUGAUGACUGUACUGUUUUGAGUGUUAAUCCUAGUGCAACUAAUAGCAUUGUUGUCCCCUCUGAUAACGCAUCUGAUAAUCAGCUCAACCAAAACCUUACCUUACCAUCAAUGCAAUCCAUUACCAAUGGAGUGAACCAUGAUAAUUCUAACCAUGAUGAAGAUGAGGUCAACGCUAAUGACAAACGGCAGGAUAUGGGAGCAAGUGGUGAAGCUAAACAACAUGAUGAAUCUGUAAAGUUGACUGACGAUAAGAAUUCUCAAGGGUCAGGAUCUGAGUCUCCUGUCAAGGAGCACUUUAAUAUACGUAGUUUGAUUAAAGAAAUGACCAACAUACGUGAACUUGCGCUUAAUGAAAUUGCUCAACCUGGGAAUGAUGAACCUCACACUUCACAACAUGACACAGCCUCAGAUGCCAAAAAACAUCCUUCACAAUCUGGGCCACUUGACUCUAGAUCUGACACUAAUGCUGAAGUUAUGAGUGAAAACGAUGAUAGCGAUAUAGUCAUUUUAGAGGAGAAUGCUAAUGGAGUGACAAACGAAAAGUCAAAGAAGAGGGGAAGCUCAAAAAAUGUUUCCAAAUCUUCAAAAAAUAAAUCUAAUUCAAAGAAAAAUUCUGUCAAGAAAUCUAAAAAUAGAAAAGAGGCAAAAUCAAAUGAACCAAUUUCACCAAUAAGAAACCGUGCUGAUUGUAAAGGAGCCCCAGUUGUUGGGCACACGAAUUUGAGAGCCGGUACUGCACAACAAGCCAGUACUUCAAGUGCACAGACUGUUGAAAAUGACAAUGUUUUUAUGGAUCGAUCUGAUAUUAACCCAGAUCACCGCAGUAGAUCUUUAGGAACACCUGUAUCUAACAAUCCCACAUUAUUAGCAGUUGCUAGAGGUGCAUCUGCCUCCCCACAUUUAUCAUCAAACAAUAGAACUACAUCCCAAAACGGUACUAGCCAUUCCAAAAGGCGCAACAAGCGAGGCAGGAAACGACAUGGUCAAAGCUCACAUUACGCAAAUACAAACCCAGAGAGACUCAACAGGCGAUGUGAUACUACUUGUGAUGGUUGCUAUGGGGAGAAGACCCAAGGUGAAUGCCCCAAGAAGAUGGCUGUGGACUGGGAUAGGGAGAGUUACAACAGCAGUGACACAAGUUCCUACAACUCUGAGAGUGCUGAUGAUGAGGAAAUACAACUUGCGGUUCAAGCUGCAGAGCUAGCAUCUAGGAAAGAGGCUCGUGCAAGGUUUCGUAGCAGUGGGGAUUUAAUUCACAGACUGUUUGUCUGCAUAUCAGGAGUCGCUGACCAGCUUCAAACCAACUAUGCGAGUGACCUACGUCAUAUACUGAAGAUUGUAUUUGAGAUGCACUGUACAGAAUCUCUAUUACCUGUUGAUGCUGCGGAAGAAGCUACCUUAUGUGAGAGCAUACUAAGUGACGAGGGAGCCACUAAUGAGGAAGUUCAAGCCUCACGUCGUACUGUGGAAGAACCACCUCCAUGGCUUCCCGAUGAGACAUGUCCACAUUGCACAGCCUGCAAAAUCCCAUUUAAUUUUGUGAAACGCCGACAUCAUUGUAGAAAUUGUGGCAAGAUAUUUUGCUCAAGAUGUUCAUCAAACCAGGUAUCCUUGCCUCAGUAUGGACAUUCAAAGCCUGUCCGUGUGUGCAACAGGUGCUAUAUGUUCCAGGUGACACCCUUCUCAGUUACACCCGAGUCUUCAGCAAGUUCUGUACAGGGAUGAACAUUAUUUUAGAAAGAUGGCUCAAGUCCAUUUAUACAAAUAAUUUGAGAUCAUAAACAUGAUAUAUUGUACGGUGUAUUGGAAUACAUUGUUGGAAUUUUUUAUAUUGCACCAAUCUAUUUUCUAUCAUAAACUGCACCAGGUGGUGAGUGUGUGAAGGCGUAGAUGAGUCUGCUAAAUCAGAAUUUAUCAAGAGGAUAUACUGGGUGUCCAGAAAGUAUAAGGGCCCCCCUAGGGACAUAGACCAAUGUCCCCAUAGUAUGUGUC